AUGCCGUUGGCGGUGGUCAGCGGAGUAGACAAGAAGCGCUUCAUGGUGAUGGUCCUCUCGUGCUGCGCUGCGUUGGGCGCGCUUGCGUUGCUGCUGGGCGUCUACGGGGCCAGCAACUUGCUCGUCGAUGAAGAAGAGGGCGGCCAUGACGAGAAGGACGAUGCCUCGUCCAAGUACUCGAAAAGUAGUGGCGGUGGGGGAAAGGACACCACACCGACGACUGCUAGCACGACCCUGGCAACGACUGCGCUUCUGAUUACCACGCUACCGACGGUUCCUAGUACUCCAAAGGCAACAACAGCUAGCGCUCCUAAAUCAACACCAAGUGUGACAACGCCGGCAGCAGUGACUAGCGCCCCAGCGCCACCGACAAAGACGACGCCGCCACCAACCACGGCUUCGACGAAGAAGACCACAACGACGACGACCACAACAACGACGACCACAACGACGACGACGACCACAACAACAACGACGACCACAACGACGACGCCUGGCGUGGUGACCACGACCGAACGUCCGGGACUGCGUCGCUACACUACCGUGUGCACGGUGAGCUACUUGGACGUCGGUCUGCCGUUGCCCCUGACCGGAGAGUGUGACAUCAUCUUCUACGACUCGCUGCUACUUCGCCCCGAGGACACCUUCAUGGGCACCUUCACCAACGCCUACCUGAAGCCGAUCUUCGACGCCGCCAAGGAGAGCAACGUCACCCACAACACUCACUUUGGGAUGUCCGUGCACGCACCGUGA